UGUGCGUUUUGCGGCAUACCGCGUCGGCCGGCUGCGGUGUGUGUGGAGUGUCCGCCUUUUUUGACGAGCAUGGCGUGCAUUGCCCUGCGCCUUUCCCUUGCCCCUAGUCUUCCUAGGUAAAAAAUAUUUCCCUUUCUCUCCCGGUCAUUCUUGCUCUUGCCGCUUGGAUGCGCGCCUCCGACGCAAGCAUCGGUUAGGUUUCUUUCGGCGAUGCGUGGCUCGGCGGCGAGAAGCAGGCGCUGGCGCCGAGAAAUCUGGCGGCGCGUCCAGGUAACCGAUUCGUCAGCUGGAUCGCGCUCGCGAGGGGAAAUUUUGGGGGGAUUGCCGCGGCGCCGUCGGGGAAUCGAGCGAUGAAUUGGUGCUAGCGGGAUUAUGGCCAGGAGCGGUGGGGAUGCCCUCAAAAUCCAGGAAAACGUCUUCCGGGGUCACAGGGAGAGAGUCUUUGACGGGAAUUGGCCCCCUCUGGAGCAUGGCGGCGAGCGCGAAAGCGUCAAGGCGGAUAGAUUCGGCGGUGACGUGAGUUGGAUCUCCCAGAUUCCGCAAUGCGUCGUCUUCACUCCCUCAAUCGACGAGUUCAAGGAUCCCCUUGCUUACAUUUCCAGCAUUUCUCCACUGGCUUCGAAAUAUGGUAUAUGCAAGAUCAUUCCUCCAAUUCUACCUUCCGUCCCGGCCGGCAGGGUUCUCAUGAAGGAAAAGUCUGGGUUUAAGUUCAGCACGCGAGUCCAGCCCAUGAGCCUCUCGGAUUGGGAUAGUGACAAUAACAAAGUUACAUUUCUGACAAGCGCGCAGCGCUACACUUUCUCGGAGUUUGAGAAGAUGGCCAACAAGUUCCACUCGCGCAGGUUUUCCACUGCUGCUGUUCAGCCACCUUUGUUUGUCGAAGCCGAAUUUUGGAAGGAGAUGCUUGCCGGGAAUUCUGACCACAUUCAGUACGCCAGUGACGUUGAUGGCAGUGCCUUCUCUUCGAGCCCUGCUGACCCUUUAGCCUCCAGCAAUUGGAACUUGAAGAUUGUUUCUUCUCUGCCAAAAUCUAUAUUGCGUCUACUCGAGACAAUUAUUCCCGGAGUCACUGAACCUAUGCUGUAUAUUGGGAUGCUGUUCAGUAUGUUUGCGUGGCAUGUUGAGGAUCAUUAUCUUUACAGCAUCAACUAUCAUCACUGUGGGGCCCCAAAAACAUGGUACGGUGUUCCAGGAGAGGCAGCUCAAAGAUUCGAGAGUGUAGUUAAGGAAGAAAUAUACGCUGAGAAGCUGCUGUCGGAACAUGGUCAAGGGGCUGCUUAUGAUCUGCUUAUUGGAAAAACAACGAUGUUUCCUCCGAACAUUCUCGUCAAGCAUGGUGUACCGGUCUAUAAGGCUGUGCAAGCUCCAGGAGAAUAUGUCCUCACCUUUCCGCGUUCAUAUCACGCUGGUUUCAGCCACGGUUUCAACUGUGGAGAGGCAGUUAAUUUCGCUAUGGCAGACUGGUUCCCUUUCGGUGCUGCUGCUUGUCGUCGUUAUUCGUUGCUGAAUCGUAUGCCGCUAUUGCCCCAUGAAGAGCUUCUCUGGAAAGAAGCGCAAGGCUUGGAUGCUUCAGACAACGAAAAAAAACAAAAUGCCGAAAGCUUAAUGCAAAUGCCGGUCAAAUCUGCCUUCGUGCAGCUGAUGGCCUUUCAGCACAAGGUCAGAUGGCUGUUGAAAGAACGAGGUGCCGCAAUCUACACGUCGUUGGCUGCUCCUAUCAAUAUUCCUUGCAGUCUAUGCAAACACAUGUGCUACGUCUCUUUUUUGACGUGCAAAUGUUUUCCAGAGCCGACAUGCUUAAAUCAUGCUCAAGAAAUGCGCAAGUGCCAAUGCGGAAAAGAAAGGCAGGUCUUUUUGCACAGGGAUAUCAAGAAGAUGGACGCGGUGGCACUUCGAUUUCAAACUGUCGUUUCACCUCUACCUGUUGUUGACGAUGGGAUGGUUUUCGAUUCGGCUUUACUGGAGGAAGAUUUUCUUGACGGCGAAGAAUACAGUGGUUAUGUGCCGUUUGACAACAUCGAUGCCCCAGACUUGGAGUCACCUAUCAUUUUUGGUUCUUCAGUCGUCACUACGAAUAGUGACGCUGACGCGGAUGCAAAGAAAUCUGUGGACACUUGUGUGAACAAGGCACCUAAACCAGGAGUUGCUGUUCGCUCGAUGCCUUCGAAGCGGACCAAUGAGAGAAAUCGUUUGAGUCUAUGUUUCAAGAAGGAACCAAAAGACGUGAAGGAACUCAAUUCUCAAAAUGUGGAGCAGGGAGAGGUUGCCAAACAGCAGCACGUGGUUAAAGUUUGGCGGGCAUCUUCUGGAGAGUCGGCUUUACUGCUUAGAGACAUUAUCUCAGAACUUCACAUUUCGGGUUCUGUAGAAGAGAUCAAACGAAGAUGGCGAACUGAGGUCUCGAAUUUACACUUCGUAUGCGUGAAUGACAAUGAUACAAAUCAUUCGGCACUGACAUACAAGGCUUGUCAACGAUUGAAGAGGAUGCUUUCCCCCUCGCAAGCGGAAGAGUUGGAAGGUCUCUUUAGACGGGAUCCUGCUAAUCAGAGUACAGAUAGCUCCGUCCUAGGAAAGCGGGAAAUUAACAAAGCAGAUGGACAUAGAGAGAAAGGCUGCUCCCGGAAGAGGCCCUGUCAGGAUAGCGGCUUGCUAACGUUUCCAGCGGGAAGGCCUAGGAGCCAGUCACUACCAGCAGAGCAGUCAUUUUGUUUGUCAUCCACGUCCGAUUCCCAAGCUGACCAAGAUUUUGUAGCAACUGACUGCCAGGCGGACAGGGGGAUUAAAACUAACAGGUCGCACUGCUCUGCUGCGGAUUCUAACACUCGUCAUCAGCUAGGAAGGUGGGAUGGAACGAGGCCGAGUGUAGAUAGUGUAAAGGGAGCAGCUGGUUUAGACGCAGACCGGGACAGGCCCAGGAAGGUGUUUCCAAGAUUCAAAGUGAAAGGUCCGUCCUUGCCACCUUUCAGGGGUGCUGAAGGUUCCGGCGAGAACAUUCUCGUCUCCAGGGGCAGCACUCAUGCGGAUGGCUUGAGACGGUCGGUAGAGAGCUCUUCUUACUCGAGGUUUGAGCAUAGCUGCAAGGACUAUUCUCAAGCACACAGGUCCCAGCGCACUAGGUAGCACGGGAUGAUUUUAACCAUUCUUUUGGCCAGGUGAUCAUCGGUCGAUUGCUUAUCCUCGCAAGGUGCGUCUGUACAAAUUCAUUGUUUGGUUGAUCACCACUUAGCUUGUUUGGAAGUUCCUGUUUAGCUUCUAGCUAGCAUUUCAUUCUUUCGGCCUCAACUGCAUUGAGGCCGGCGGGGCGCGCGAACAAGGAAAAAGCUUGAUCCCGCGCCGCGAUUGUUUUUCUUUUCGCAACUAAUCUCAAACUGGUACACUAUUCUUUCGAUUC